GCUGACCUGAUCGAGGUCUCCUCGCCAAUUUCAUCUCUUUUUUCGCAACUUUUUGUUUCUUUCAGAGAAUCCAUGGCUAAUUCCUAUAAAUGCAACUCCAAGUCACCUAACAUUAUAAGAUAACACAAGACUAGCUUGAGUUCAAAAUAGAGAUCAACCAGGGUGCCGAAAGCAAUGGCAACUGACAGGCUGCUUCCUCUUAAAAGGACACUGGGUCUAGUGGAAUCACCGUCAUCGAUUUCGAGAAUUUCUAAGGUUCCAAAUGAACUUCGACGUUUGAAAAAAGAAGCAUAUAGCCCUCAAAUUGUCUCCAUUGGUCCUUAUCACCAUGGCAAAGGGAACCUGCCAGAUAUGGAAAAGUACAAACUGCAGUACGUGCUACAUCUUCUUCAACGAACAGCAACACCAGUAAAGACCUUGGAUGAUUGUGGUAUGGCCAUUCAAAAUCUUGUCCAAAGAGUUCGUGGGUGCUAUGCCGAAGAUAUACGUCGUUCUGUUGAAAACAAGCUUCUCCAAAUACUGGUGGUCGAUGGUUGCUUUAUAUUUGAAAUGUUUUAUAGGCGUGCCUUCCCGCCGGAAACGAACUUGAAUGAUCCCAUUGCCAAUAAUGCUUGGAUGGUCUCCAGUCUGGAGCAUGAUUUGGUGCUACUCGAGAACCAGAUCCCCUUUUUUAUUCUUGUGAAAUUGUAUAACAUCUUCCAGGAGCGUCUCAAUAUACCUCCAGAGCACUCACUCACUUCACUCGCUCUUUCAUUCUUUCACCUAAAAAUGGAUGAUAUGCAGGAAGGGAUGUCCACGGAACCAAACCAUUUACUCGAUCUCUUACACAAAAUUUGGCUCCCCAGAUCUGACAUGGGCCAAAGCGGCAGCGAAACUCGGGAGUUCGAUCCCAUUGAUGGAGUGAUCAAAAUCCCACCAUUGUCCAUUGACGCAGCAGAGUCGCUCUUGAGAAACUUCAUCGCCCUGGAGCAAUGCGAUAUUAGCACUAGAACCUUUCACAUUUCAUCAUAUGCACUCAUGAUGAGAAGUCUCAUCCGUUCCUCAGUGGACGUUAAACUGCUUCAACAGAAAGGGAUCAUAAUUUCCGAUUUGGAGCUGGGUGGAAGUGAUUGGAUUGCCAUUGACGGUGUCUGCAAGAAUGUCGUUUUUAGCGAACGCUUCUUUUUCAAUAAGCUGUGCACUGACGUGAGAGAAUACCGUGCAUCCAGGUUUCACUGGCAGAGACAGAAAGCAAUCUGGACAGUCAGGAACCGGAGAUGUUUUGGAGAGCUGAAACGUGAUUAUUGCUCAAAUCCAUGGAAAAUUAUAGCUGUUCUAGCUUCUCUGUUGCUUCUCAUUCUCACCGGAUUAGGGACCGUUUAUACUGUCUGCUCAUAUUAUAAUGGAGGUUCCGAAUUAGAAAAUGUAUUAUAG